UGUAUGCUUACACAUAUUGCCAUAGCAAAUCCAUUAGGUAGGAAAAUCCCAGAUGGCCUCUCUCUCAAUCUUCGAUUCAGAAUCAGAUGAAGACACUUGGGUGAUCCAAAUAAAUCAGUUGGUGAAUGAAACCAACCUCUCAAUCUUGAACACAAUGCCCGUUUGCAUAUACCAAGUGCCCAAGUCUUUGAGUUGUGUCAAGCCAGAAGCUUUUGCUCCACAACUCAUAGCCAUUGGUCCAUACACACACUUUCAUCCUGAUCUCUAUCCCAUGGAAAGGUUCAAAGUUUUUGCUGCCAAAAGGGUCCUUGAUCACUUCAAAAAACAUAACCUCAAACAACUAGUUGAGCUACUCCACAGCACAGGACCGUUCAUCCGUGCUAGUUACCACAAAUACUUGGACCUCAAGGAAGAAACCUUGCUAUACACCAUAGCCAUUGAUGGUUUGUUCUUAAUGGAUUUCUUCCACAAUUACAUUGAUGAUAAAAUGUUUGGCUCUUUCAUGACAGGACUAGAAGAACAAGUUCAAAAAAGUGGUGUAAAGCUAACCAAGGAUGCCAUCAUAAGAGAUUUGAUCAUGGUAGAGAACCAAAUUCCAACCUACAUCAUGGUGAGGAUUUUGAUGCUUGAAACCUCCCAUCCCAUUGAUUCAAUUCAAGAAUACUUGGGUUCAAUGCUCUUGUCAUUUUGUCACAAACACUCUCCACUCAAGUCAACUCACACCCCAACAAGUUCUGAAGCUGUCACCAAAUAUUACCAUAUCUUGGAUCUCAUGUACCAUUUGGUGGUCUUUCAAAAUGAAAAGUCCGAAACACAACCACUUUUCAAAAGCGAAUGUCCGAGUAAACCCCUUUGUAAUGAUGACUCCACCACUGAUAAUGUUCCGACAAGCUCAAAAUCUGAUAAAAAAGCCUCAGUCAUCUUGUUAAAGAAAGCUAAAAGUGCAAUAACAUGGGCACUAGACACACUCAAAAAACUAAAGGAUGUGAAUAUUCCUUUUCUCCAACCCAUUAAACGACACUUGGAUCCAAUUCUUCAUAUUUCCUCAAACCUUGAAAGUAUUUCAUCGCAAAAGGCACGUCCUGAAGCAGAUAAAGAUCAAGAUGAAGCCCCUGUGGUGGUCACCAUUCCUUGUGUGCAUGAACUUCAUUCAGUUGGAAUCCAAUUUCAACCCUCAGAAGGAGGCAUCAUGGCCAUUGAAUUUAAUGAAAAAAAGGGCAUACUUUACCUCCCUUUACUCAAAUUAGAUGUUAACUCUGAAGUGAUAAUGAGAAACCUUGUGGCUCAUGAGGCCUUGACCAAACCAGAUUUCCUCAUAUUCACAAGGUACACAGAAUUGAUGAGAGCAAUCAUAGACACCGUGGAGGAUGUAAGGCUGUUGAAAAAUGCAAACAUCAUAGAGUCAAGUAGCACACUCAGUGUGGAAGAAAUGGAGGAACUGUUCAAUGGAAUGAGCAAAUCCAUUGGACCCACCAAGACUGAAAAAUUGGAUGAGACCAUAAAGAAAGUAAACAAGUAUUUUCAUAAUAAACGCAAGGCCAACCUCUAUAGGACCUUAACUGAAUAUGUGUACCAUUCUUGGAGGCUCUUCACACUUCUUGCUACCUUGGUGCUCUUGGCCAUGACGGCUCUUCAAACAUUUUGCUCCGCUUAUGAUUGCCCCAGUUAUUUUAGAUCCAAGUGAUUUUUUCACGUCAUUUUUCUUUUUACACAAGUGAAGGUUAGAAUAGUUGUGUAUGAUGCAUGGUAAAUUUUUAAUGAUUUCUAGGGAAUGAUCGAAAUAUCUGUAUAACAGUAUAAGCAUAGUGUAAAGUUAUAUCUCCGUAGCAAGAAUAAUAUAGCGUAUACUU